AUGCUGCGCAAUUUGGGUGCACCGUUUCCAGUGGAAUGGCAACUGUGCAAGUACACCUCAUGCUUCUGGACUUCUUUCAAACUUCUUCAGCUGCUCCUGGCCGAUUGCUGCCAUAAGAUAGAGAUUAGCGUCGAAGAUCCACUAGCACUGACGGAUGUGGAUUUUUUGGAUGACUACGUGCCUAUUAGUGAUGGCACACCGCCAUACCCAAUGCCAAAUCCACUGUCUACUUCGCUGGACGGCGAUGAGAGCACUGAGAAUGUUGUUUCGGAGUGA